AAAGUAGCAUCAGUUGAAGCUCCUACUGUCGCUUUUGAUGCUAAUUCUCUGGCUAGAUCUGACCUCGAACCCCCUAAGAACCCUAAUAAGAGAAAACACCCUGAGCCUUCAACAGAAUCAAGGGUUCAGCACGAUCAAACUGAGGCCACAACAGAAGAUAAGACUGAUGUAUCAAACCUUGCAACUUAUUUUGGCGAUAAACCAUUUGUGUACGAGCAGACACCGGUCGGGGUCACUAUGGGGCUAGCUAGGACGACGCCCACAGAUGGCUUAGCAUGGUACUUGAAGGCAACCCUUGUCAAGGAAGGUGAAGGCAUAGGCUGCUUCAAUGUAAUUGGCCAGGUUGGGAUAGAUACGUACAGAAGCGGUUGUGUCGCUUACAAAGUCGCCCACCAAAUCCUGCGCCGGAAACAACCCGACAACAAUUUCUUCACCAAGUCCGUUGUUCAUCUACAUUUUCCUAAAGCUGGUGGUCAAAGCGCAGGCUGCACCAUGAGCACUUCCUUGCUAUCAUUUGCCAUGAACAAACCUGUUAGGAAGAAUCUUGCAAUGACCGGAGAAAUCACUUUAACCGGUGGAAUUCUUCCAGUUGCCUACGUGAAGGAGAAGACCAUAGGUGCGAGACGGAGUCAGGUCAAGACGAUAAUAUUUCCAGAGGGUAACCGUAAAGACUUUGAUGAGCUGCCGGAAAACCUGAAAGAAGGGCUCGAUGUUCAUUUCGUCGAUGACUACGAGCAGAUUUUCGAGCUAGCAUUCAACUAUGACCAU